AUGUCCACGUCCAAGGAUGACGAGGUAGAUGAUACCUGCUGGCUUGUCCUGACUGACGUUCCUACUGGCACUGUCAUAGGUUUGGACGCGAAUGUUUGGCGAGUAGGCCGCCACUUCCGCGGCAUCAAAGACAUUCCCCUGGGCCUACACUACAUGUUCUACAGGUUAGGAUUGUUGUCUCGCUGUCUUAUUCCUGGCUUUUUGCCGCAGUUUUCAAUUAUGCUAACUGAUGACCUCUUCAGCGCCGUUCGUGAAAAUGCAGUCUCCGGCGUGCGUUGCAGCCAAUUUCUCAACUUCACAAAACCCUGCAUCGUAAAGAAAAGGUGGAUUUCUAACCAAGAGGGUUAGUUCAGAAUACGGGUUCCCUUUUAUACUUCGAACAUUUUUUGUAGAAUUCCAGGAUGAGCCGGAAGCAGACAUUGAUCGUGAAAUUCUCCUUUCCAAACCCACAGAAGUUUCAAUGUUCCUUGCCCAGUACCCGAAAGAGAGGUAGAGAAGUUGGAGAUUGCACUAUGGCCUUAAUACUUAUACAACUUGCCUACUGUGUAAGUAACUAUACUUUCUGUGAUUCACAGGCUAGCCGACUGGGUUUCCUUGUCCUCUCAUAUCACGGCUUCGGUAGUAGCUCGAUUGGAGCCCACCGGUCGGUACAUCUACUCCUGCGCUCAGUUUCAAUCCGAAAAGUCGAACAGCCAGGACCGUGCCAGUGUUCCGAUCCCCGACCGUCUUCUUCGGGACCGUGUGGAUUCCGUCGCCCCAGAGAGCCUUGCUGAAUGCGAGGCCCAGUUGCCUGCGCUAAAAACCGUACCAGAAACCGAUGUAAGUGCCUCGUGUCUAAAGUGUACAAAUUGAUCUACAUUCGACAACCUGAUCUGCCUCACCCUGCUUUCACCCUUCUUCCUCCUCUGCCACCGUAGCUGCGCUUAACCGUCCUCCCCGCUCAUCCACUCUAUCCGCCAGGCGCCAGUCCAACAGAAAUUAGCCUGCACAACAUGGAUCUGACUUACACAUUGAACGCCCUUCUAGGUCAGAUAGAGGCCUCUACUCCUGCUUCUUCUUCCACGGACUCACGAGGGCUUUCGCAUGCCGAAGCAUUUUUGCUUGGCGAGUUCCAAUUUUCCUUCGCUGUGUUUCUCCUUGGUAAGUUGUUGUCUUUACACCUGGGCUCUGCCUGUCUGUGUUCGGCACAAUAGUCAAGUAUUGGUCAGACCUUUGAGUCUUUGUGACCCCAGUUUCUUAUCCCCUCACCUAGCUGUCCUCCGUAGUUGGUGCUGUCAAGCACAACUUGAAUACGUAGUAGGCAAAUAUGCGUGCUGAUUCGUCGUAACCGAGCGUUACUGGGUCAAUUCAUGAAAUUUCAACUCGUCCUGGCAUGGGUUUGCAUCCAUUUGACUGGUGGUUGCGCUAAAUAAGUCCAGCAGGGUCAUUGUGAUUUCUCCCGCGUUUUUCAUCGCUUAGCUGAUUAUCGAACGAUGAUACAAGACAGCAUGUUGAGAGUGCUUACUUCUCCAAUCAUGUAGACGGUGCCACCCUACCCUUUAAGACAACGAUGUCCAGUUUCUCGUCCGCCCAGGCUACUCCGCCACUUAACUUCCUCUGUCUCAUCCACCCGAUUUAAUAUCUUUUAUUACUUCCUACUUAAAUACGUGAAAGUAACUGGUUAUAAAACGUUUAUUUCAGGUGAAGUUCUCGAAGGCUGGUAUCAUUGGCGUAAUAUACUCACUCUCUUGGCCAACUGCGAAAAGGCCAUCUCCGAACAUCCGCACCUUUACAAGGCCCUUAUCACCUGUCUCUAUCGCCAGCUUACUUUCACAGGUGAUGAAAAGGCUAAGGAAAAGGACAGUGAAGACGAUGAUUCGCUCAGUAUGUCUGACCUCUUCCACCCAGGCUCUUUCGACGGCUGGAGCCAACGCAGACCGGACGACCCAGCCUUCCUGCCGCACACACUCUCUCACCUCUUUUCAAACAUUGCCCAGGCCUCGAAAAACGGCGAUAAGGCGUUAGUGGAUCUUACUGAUCGGGCAGAGGGUCUUCGGAAGAGUUUGGAACGCAAGUUCGGGGUCACGCUCUCUUCGUGCGUAAGGUCUACAGAAGUUCCUGAUGCAGAGGGAUGUGUUCCCGUUGAUGCGUUUAAUUGGGAUGAUGACGAGGCUCCCACCAUUGUACUCUAA